AUGGCAAACUCUAGGUACCAAAGAUUACUUGUGAAGGAUUUUCAUUCUUUAUUAAAAGAACCAUCUGAAUUCUUUACGCUGCGUCCUAUCAAUGACAAUUUUUACCAUUUCACCGCAACAAUCCAUGGCCUAGAGGGAUCCCUGUAUGAGGGAGGUCAUUUCUUGCUCGAUAUCAAGGUCAACAAAGACUAUCCAUUUGACUGUGUAAAAAUGACGUUUUUGACGCCAAUAUUACACCCUGGGAUCGAUAGUGCAGGGAAUAUUUGCCCAAGUACGAUUAAUGAUGGUGAACCGUGCAUGAGGCUGGAAAAAAAGCUUCACCUACUUGUAUCUACUCUAUACGAUCCCAAGGGCCUGCUAUGGAGAGAACGUAACGCGAAAAUCGUCGCCAUGUUUGUGUCUGACCGUGAAAGAUUUAACCAAAAAGCCCGAGAAUACACCCGACUUCAUGCCACACAAUCAAAGCAUGCUGAACUUUACACCAAACAAUAUGCCGAAAAUUCGAUGAACAGCAGCUAA